UUGGCUGUUGCCCAGGAGUGGCGUUGACCUUAUCUUUCUCUUCCUGCAACAGCUCAAGUUUCCAAGAAUUUCCCCAAAAGUGAGGCACUCAGGUCCCUAUAUUUAGAAAUGUGGUCAGUAUUAAACCAGGCACAAUUUCAGCUCCACACUUGCCCAUCACUGAAGAUUGUGUGCGCAAGAGCUCAAAGAUCACCUGAUCCCCCGUCCCCCCACAGUUAUUGCAAAAAAAAAUUGCAAUUUGGCCGCCGGAAACCACUCGCUCAUCAAGGCGAGGAGGAGAUGAGAUCUUGCAGCAGAGAGCAUAUGCCUCGCAAAGUUCCCAGCCCCGCCGCUUCCCUCCAAUAUUCCCCUCCGCCGAUGGAAUAUCCCCGCAAUUCCAACCCAAACCUGUCUUCUUCGUUUUUACUCCUCCCGCUUAUAUACGCAACGGCGAGCUCGCCCUCUCCCACGCUGCGACGCAUCAUUACGCAGCUGGGCCGUGCACGCUUGCGCAAACCGGAGGAUUGCCGCUCUGUUCUUGGUCUCCUCCUCGGGUGCUGGCGGCGGGAGCAAUGGCGAUUGGCGGGAAGCAGAUCAAGGAGGACCUGGAGGAGGCGCCGCCACUGCUCCUGGACGAGGCCGCGCGCCCGCGCCGCGUCGCGCUCUUCGUCGAGCCAUCGCCGUUCGCCUAUAUCUCUGGGUAUAAGAACCGGUUCCAGAACUUCAUCAAACACUUGCGUGAAAUGGGAGAUGAGGUCAUUGUUGUGACCAACCAUGAAGGAGUUCCCGAAGAAUUUCAUGGUGCCAAGGUUAUUGGCUCAUGGAGCUUCCCAUGUCCCAUGUAUGGAAAAGUCCCGCUUUCGCUGGCACUCAGUCCUAGGAUCAUUUCGGAGGUUGCAAAGUUCAAACCUGACAUUAUUCAUGCAUCUUCGCCUGGAAUUAUGGUUUUUGGAGCUCUUGCUAUUGCUAAGCUUCUCAGCGUGCCCCUAGUCAUGUCCUACCACACCCAUGUCCCAGUAUACAUACCGAGAUAUACAUUUAGCUGGCUUGUCGAGCCCAUGUGGCAAGUCAUAAGAUUCCUUCACAGAGCUGCUGAUUUAACCCUGGUACCAUCUGCUGCUAUCAGCAAGGAUUUUGAAACUGCUCAGGUUAUAUCAGCUAACAGAAUACGCCUUUGGAACAAAGGUGUUGAUUCUGCAAGCUUCCAUCCCAGAUUUCACAGUCACGAGAUGCGAAUUAGGCUAAGUGAUGGGGAGCCUGAAAAACCACUCAUAAUUCACGUCGGGCGUUUUGGGCGUGAGAAAAAUUUGGAUUUUGUGAAGAUGGUAAUGGAUAGGUUGCCUGGAGCAAGAAUUGCAUUUAUCGGAGAUGGACCAUACAGGACGGAGCUAGAGAAGAUGUUUGAGGGGAUGCCAGCAGUGUUCACCGGAAUGAUGCAAGGCGAGGAGCUCUCUCAGGCAUACGCCAGCGGCGACGUUUUCAUCAUGCCAUCAGAGUCUGAAACGCUCGGCCAAGUGGUCCUUGAGUCCAUGUCAUCGGGAGUCCCCGUCGUUGCAGCCCGUGCUGGUGGGAUCCCCGACAUAAUCCCGGAAGAUCAGGAGGGCAAGACCAGCUUCCUCUUCACCCCGGGCGACCUGGACGACUGCGUGGGCAAAGUCCAGCUGCUGCUGACGAACAGGGAGUUCAGAGACAACAUGGGGCGGACGGCCAGGGCCGAGAUGGAGAAAUGCGACUGGCGGGCGGCGUCGAAGACGAUCCGCAACGAGUUCUACAAUGCCGCCAUCUGGUACUGGCGGAAGAAGCGUGCGGAUAUGGUGCCGCCGCUGCAGUGGCUGGCGCAGAUGUUCCUGCCGGCGCCGGAGGUCCGCCGCAUCACACAGUGCUGAUGCCUCCUCUUGCAGCCAUGAUCCAGACAUGGAUGGAAGGACAGAUGCAUAUGCAUUCCUUGUAAAUUUCAUAUAUAUAGUGCAGUGCCGAUAGGUGAGAUAGUUCAUCGUUUUUUAUGGAAAUUGGAGUUGCUUAGACUGUGAUUGGUGUGGCAAGGCCAUCGGUUGCAUGUGUGUUUGUGUAGUAGCAAAACAAAAAUCAGAAAUGUGCUAUCUUGAUGGACAUUGUAGAUUGUACUUCACAUGUAAAGAUCAUGAUCACGCCAUCAAUGCAUGAAGAUGCUGUUGUGCGGUAUA